CGCAUAGCUAGACCUUUGAAUUCCUAUUACUGGAUACUGCAAGACACAAUAAUUUUAUCACAGUUACAUAUGAAUCAUGCUGUCCGCAUCUGAUUAUGUUAUUCGGGGACCUAAGAUUGAGGACAAGUUUGUCAAUAAGUGCUUAGGUGAAGUAUUUUUUGAGGUUUUGAAGACGGGCAAUCCGGAUGAUGUUUUACUGAUUCAUUUCAGGUAGACGCAUCUUAUGGACUUGACAAGAGUAGAGCAGAGUUGUUAUCAGCUACGAUUAAACUGGCUCAUUAUUUGAAAGAAAAAUGUGUAAAAACAGAUGAUGUAGUAGGAAUAAUAAGUACAAAUUCGUGGAAGUUCCUUGCAUCGGUGAUUUCUGUUGCAUAUUUGGGUUGUACCGUCACUGUUUCUAAUCCAAACUAUUUGCAUGACGACCUCAAUCACUUUCUCCGCACUACUGACCCGAAAGUUCUUUUUGUUACUUCACAAGUCUAUAAAAUAGUAGAGGAACUAUUGCACAAUCAUAGGACAGUGGAACUAAUUAUAAUAUACGAUUCUGAUACGGGAAGUGAUACGAUAUGGUUUGAGGACAUUUUAAGACAACAUGUGGAGAUAUCCACGUUUAUGCCCACGAGGGUGGAUCCUGAAACUACAUUGUCCCACAUUCUUUUCUCCUCUGGAACAACAGGGUUGCCGAAAGGUGUUAUGCAUACACAAAAUGGAUUCAAGCAUUGUUUGAAUGUUCUUAGCCAUCCACAAAACGGAGCUUUGAACACGAAUCACAGAGUCCUCAUAGUACUACCUCUCUUCCACAUAUUCGGUCUCAUAACAGCCAUAGGAGGAAUAGUGAACAAUGCCAAAGUAUUAUUACUCGAAAAAUUCAAACCAGAUACAUUUUUGAAGGUUAUACAAGAGUAUAAAGCAACUUACUUGCCAGUGGUACCAACAUUGCUGCAAUUCUUAUCAAAACAUAAAAUUGUGGAUGAGUAUGACCUGAGUUCCCUGAGGGAUAUAUUCUGUGGAGGCGCUCCUGUUGGGGAAGGAAGUGAAAAACUUAUAGCCAAAAGAUUUAACAAUCUGAUGCCCCGCCAAAUCUUCGGAACAACAGAAGCUGGGGGAGGAGUCAUUAUUAUGCCUCCAGGACAUAGAAAAUCUGGAAGCGUUGGUAAAGUGGUGAUUGGCUGCGAAGCCAAAAUUCUUGAUCCUGAGUCACAGAUGGUUUUAGGACCAAACAAAAUUGGAGAAAUCUGUAUUCGAGGACCAAACGUAAUGAAAGGAUAUUUAAAAAAUGAAGAGGCUACCAAAAGAGAUCUGGAUCAAGAUGGAUUUUUGCACACUGGGGACCUUGGGUAUUACGACAAAGAGAUGUACUUUUAUGUUGUCGAUAGGAUUAAAGAAGUGAUGAAAUACAAAGGCUUUCAGGUUGCACCUGCACAACUGGAAAACAUUCUAUUCCAACAUCCAGGUGUAAAAGAAGUUAGCGUGGUGGGAAAACCAGAUGACAGAGUUGGGGAACUUCCUACUGCAUUUGUAGUGAAACAGGAAGGCGUUUCUGUGACCGAAAAUGAACUUGUACAGCUUGUAGCGCAACAUCUGCACGCCGACAAGCAACUACACGGGGGGGUUAUAUUUGUGGAGGAAAUACCAAAGACCCAAUCAGGAAAAGUUGCUAGAGCGGAGCUGAGGAAGCGGUUUCAAUCGUCUUAACUAUUGCAAUAUAAAAAUAGUAAUAAAGUGAUUCCUUUUUUGUGUUUUAUAAUUAAACCUUUUGGUUGCAUAAAAUUCUCUUCUGAACAUGCAAAACCUUAUGC